AUGCCCAACGAACAUAGCUACCAGCUCGAUCACGACCGACCGAAUUUGACGCCAAGUCCGUCUUACCCCAAUGGAGCUUUUCCUCCGCCUAGUCUGCCUCCUACUUCACCAGCUCUCAGCGCUCGCAGCGACCCGAGGCCGAGUGGUGAGCGAGACCGAUCUCGAGGGCGAGGCGGCAGAACAGCAAGUGGUCACAUGCGUGUGUGCGCUAAGUGCGGCGAGUCCUUGACCGGCCAAUUUGUACGAGCGUUAGAAGGGACCUAUCAUCUCGACUGUUUUAAGUGUCGAGACUGCGGCCAGAUCGUGGCAUCCAAGUUCUUCCCUGCCGACGAUGAAGAGACCGGUGGGCAAUAUCCGCUGUGCGAGACGGAUUAUUUUCGACGACUCGGCCUCUUGUGCUAUCAAUGUGGUGGUGCUUUACGUGGGUCCUAUAUCACAGCUCUCGACCGCAAAUACCACGUCGACCACUUCACCUGCUCGCUCUGCUCUACUGUGUUUGGAGCCCAAGACAGCUAUUAUGAGCACGAUGGAAACGUUUACUGUCAUUAUCAUUAUUCGACACAGUUCGCUCAACGUUGCAAUGGGUGCCAGACUGCCAUCCUCAAACAGUUCGUCGAGAUAUUUCGCAAUGGGCAAAAUCAGCACUGGCACCCUGAGUGCUACAUGAUACACAAAUUUUGGAACGUGCGUUUGACGCCACCCCAAGAAUCAACGGAGCCUCGCCCAGAGCCCGUUGACGCAGAAAGCCGUGAUCUAGUUCGCCAAGAAGAGGAAGACAUGGAAAAUAAGGUUUAUCGAAUUUGGAGCGUCUUGUCGACUUUUGAAGAAUCAUCAGCGGCCUGUAUCUCCGAUAUGCUUCUUCACGUAAGCAAUGGCGUAUACAUGGACGGAGUUUUUGUCGCCAAAAAGUUCAUCAUACAUGUGGACAUCCUAUUCCGGUCUGCAGAUAGACUUGACGUCACGAUGAAGAGAUUCGAAAUGAACGAAUUGUCCUAUGCGAGAGAAGCCAAGCUUCUUUGCAAGAAAAUUGUGGCGUUCUUUUCGUUGUUGUCUAAGAUGCAAGACAACACUUCGCGGAAACUGGGUGUGACCCAGGAGCUCCUGUCUCUCGUGACUGGCCUUGCGCAUUACUUGAAGCUCCUGAUCAGAAUUUGCCUUCAGGGGUCUCUCAAAGUUGAAAAGGAGCAUCGUUCUACUGAAGCGCUCUACCAAUUCCUCGACGAUCUCAGUGUUCUCGAGUCGAUUAAGACUGAUAACGAAUCCUUACAAGUUUCUCUAGGUAUGUCCCGACUGUCUGCCAAUGACUCGGAUCAUUGUACCCUGUGUCGGAAACCUAUAGAGGACGAAUGUGCUAUAAGUGGCGAUAAGAGGUGGCAUUUGUUUUGUGUAUCAUGUGCACGGUGCAACAAGGCGUUGGGUAAGGGCUUGGAGCAGGCUCGCCUAUACCGAGACCAUAAUAUCUACUGCACAACUUGUGAGACCCCGGGCGAUGGGCGAGGUCAGCCGCUAGAGCGAAUAACGAAGCUUCAGCAGUAUAUCUUCCUACUUAAAGUUGCCUUAGCCAGGUUGCUAGAAAUCCUUCGAUCUAGCGGCGCCUUGCCUUCAGACGAUCCAAACCUUACUGGAUACGAUUCUGCUGAUGGGCGCCGCAUAGCGGAUGGCGGCGCCGCAGUUCCUAGGUCAGACGCCCGCUCCAAAUCUGCUGGUGGUGAGAGGGAACGCCACCAGAGAGAGUCGUCCUAUGAGAAUACUCUCAAUGAUGUACGCAGACUUAGAAGCACACGUCUUGACAAACAUUUAUCAUCCAGUCUUAGGAAGGCUCGGACUUCAAGAAUCAUGGACGGACCUGAAGGACGCAGCGCCCGACCGGGGUCUGCCGGUGGGGAAGGUAAUUCGCAGAACAAGGUGAUGCAAAUCGAGGAAGAUCGAGAGUUGGGUGGGGGCGGUACGACCGAGCAAUACUUUGGACACCAAGAUGCAUUAACCUUGGACGAUAUUCCUCGAAUCGUCGCGGCCGAGCAAGCCAGGGAGCAGCAGCAACCUAGCGCGUACAGGUCCUCGCGUCAGGAGCUGUUCCGAUCUGCAACUGGUGACGCUGCCUAUGGCGGUAGCAACGAGAGGAGCCACUCUACUGGCCGUGAUGCGGAUCAUAACUUGCAGGAGGACUCGUUACCUCAAAGACACGGGACGAAGUUUUUCUCCGAACUCUCUGGAUUGGAAUACUUCAUCGUUCGACACGUUGCAGUUCUCACAAUGCAACCUAUGCUAGAGCCGGAAUUCACCCUUGAGGAGCUACUCGGACUCAUCGAAGCAAGGAAAGCAACCUUCUGGAAUAAAUUCGGCAAGGCCUUCGGAAAGAACGAAACUCGUAAGGUCAAUAAGAAGAAGGGUAUAUUUGGUGUCCCAUUAGAGUUAAUCGUCGAGCGGGACGGUGCCGAUUCUACAGAUGGCGUGGGACCAGGAGCUCUACGUAUACCGGCCAUCAUCGAAGAUACGAUCACGGCGCUAAAGAAUAAGGAUCUUUCCGUCGAAGGUGUCUUCCGUAAGAAUGGCAAUAUCAAGAAACUCACCGAACAAGUUGCUGCCGUCGAUCGAGAUGGUUGUGACGCUAUCCGGUGGAACGAUGAGACUCCACAUCAGCUCGCUGCGCUUCUCAAACGGUAUCUGCGUGAGCUACCGGAUCCCCUGAUGACGCAGAAGCUAUAUAAGGUCUGGAUAGCAGCAACCAAGAUCAAAGACACCGAUAAAAGGCGACAUUGUUUACAUCUGACAUGCUGCCUACUUCCACAAAUCCACCGAGAUACGUUAGAGGUUCUGUUCAGUUUCUUAAAAUGGGUGGCUACUUUCCACCAAGUUGAUGAGGACACUGGAUCGAGGAUGGACGUACACAAUCUCGCCCGUGUUAUCGCUCCGAACAUACUAUACACCAACGAGAAGAGCCCAAGUUUCUCGGACGAGCCUAUGACGGCAGUGGCCUGUGUUGAGGAGUUGAUACAAUUCAACGAAGAAAUGUGCAUGGUUCCUGCCGAACUUAUGGAUAUUUUGAGCGAUUCGACUUUGUUUAUGAACAAUGGCGAGAUUACCACGAAGGAGAUUUUGAAGAAAAUUGAAUCCCGAGCCGUGACCGGUCUCCCCAGGCAGUAUGACAGCACCGAGUUUGUUAAGCAGCACGAGAGUAAGAGGCCCUUAGCGACCAGGGUCGCCACGGAUCCGGCAGCAUGGCAGCAAGAGAGUAGUGUACGUCCUGUGCAAGAGCCAACAAUUCCGUUUACGACGCCACAAGGCACACCACCACCAAACCCGAAUUGGCGGAAACCUGAUAACGGGCCAUCGCCUUACCCGGAGCAGUAUGACAAACAGCCCGAGAAUGGCCAACGCCGAGAAUGGCGCAACUCUGGCUGGGGUAGACCUCCCCCAAACAACUCUGUCACGACCGGCACAGGAUGA